AUGCAUUUUCAACGCGCCUCUCGCCAACCUGCGACCGCUGACGCGGCGUCAAAAUCCACUCCCGCACGACGUCGUUCCCGUUUUGCUAGCAUAAAACAUUCAGAGGUGGAUAGUGCUCCUGCGAAAGAGCUUUACCCGGGAUAUAGCGAGAAGGAGAGAAGUUUAUUAGGGAAACGAUAUACUGCGGAGCAAAUUGCGGCUAUUGAGGCAGCGGAGGAAGCGGUCGAUGUGGAAGAUUUGAAGAGUCAUGGUGUGAUACGGACGGAUUUGGGAGGGUUGAGGUACAUGGAUGAUUUAAGUAUGACGCAGCCGGUGAUCGAUAAGAAGAUUAUGGAUUAUCGGAUUGAUCCGAAUUGGACGCUGGAUCAGGAUAAAAUCGGAGACGAAUUCGUGGCAUAUAUGGAUAAAGUGAUGGAAGAAAAUCCCGAGGAUGUCGAUCCUGAGGAUCCCGACUGGGAAAAUAAACAUAGGCCGAACAGGUUGGAUUCGCUGAAGGCGCUGCAGAAGGAAAUGGGAGAUCCAAGUACUUUUGCUUUUGCACCGCAGGUACCUGGGGAUUUUACAAAGGAACCUGGUAAGGUUGCGGAGAUAGCGAGGGAGGUGGACGAAGAUGAUGAGGAGAAUCUUGAUCCUAGGGAUCCAGAUGGGGUUUAUACGAAAUUGCGCCAUCAAACAGGACUUACCAUGGACGAAAUCUUGAGCCUCGAUACUAAAAUCCUCGUCAGCCAUCGAGUUGUCAACCAAACGCGUUUGGGUAAAAUUGAAAGUAUGUACGUAUUGGCAAUUGCGGGAAAUGGAAGGGCAGAUUAGGAAUAGGAGAAGCCAAAGGACAGGAACCGGAAGACACGAAUAAUAAUGCGAAGAUUGCGGCGAUUAAGAAUAUGCAGCCGGUUCCGAGAUAUGAGGAACGAACAAUUUAUGGAGAUGUAGGAGGAAGGUUAGUGCAGUUGAAGUUGAGCUUAUGGCAAGACCUCCAGGUAUGUUUUCAUUUUCAUUUCCAUGUCAUUUUCCUGCCUGUAGAGGAAUUUAUGAUGUGCGGGGUAAGAAGAGGGACUAAUUCGAUUCUCUCAAUGUAGGAUUUGGCCUGCGAUGCCAAAAACUUAUCUUUGAUAUGGCAAAGGCAGUAGGCAUUCACGAUCUCGCCGCCAAAGUACCACGUUCGAGAAACAAGAUGAACACUGUUAAAGCCACCUACCAAGCAUUAAUGAAGCAACGAAUACCAGAUGAGAUUGCUAGGGUAGAGGAAAGAAACUCGUGGAUGUGA